CGCCUCAGCGGAGCGCUGGCUUGACCUGAGGCGGCUGGUGCUGCUUCCAGCCCGCCGUCGCCCCGCGGGGCUAAGUGGACGGGGAGGAAGACGCCACCUGGCCGGUUAGGGAGAGAGACAGCGCCGCGUUGAGUGCCGCCUCGGUUCCAAGCCCGGAGGCUCCAUCCAGGCUCCUUCGGGCUGUGAGGGCAGCUUUGGCAGAUCGCCUAGAGAAGAUGCUCGGAGUUGGCCGGGCUCGGCGAAGAAGCUCGGCCGGCGUGCGAGUCUGAGCGACUCCCCGGAAUAGCCGUUGCCUUCUGCCCCGGAGGGCGCCGUCCACUUUUCGCCUGUCACCUCGCCGUCUCGAGGGAAGGGAAGGAGGGCGGCCGCGGGACUCCCCCAGCGCCGCUACAGGCGGCCGAACCUCGGCUUUUUCUCUGCCUGGUGAAUCCCCGGUUCCCGGCGAUCGAAGGAUGCAGUUUCGUCUCUUCUCCUUUGCUUUGAUCGUUCUAAACUGUAUGGAUUACAGUCACUGUCAAGGCGGCCGGUUGAGACGCGGCAAGAGAGCAAACUAUGGGCCAAAUCCAAUUUGCAAAGGUUGUUUGUCUUGCUCAAAAGACAAUGGAUGCAUCAGAUGUCAACAUAAGUUGUUCUUCUUUCUACGAAGAGAGGGAAUGAGACAAUAUGGAGAAUGCUUGAAUUCCUGCCCAUUGGGGUAUUAUGGUCUUCGAGCCCCAGACAUGAACAGAUGUUCAAGAUGCAGAAUAGAGAACUGUGAUUCUUGUUUUAGUCGAGAUUUUUGCACCAAAUGCAAACCUGGCUUUUAUCUCUACCGAGGCCGUUGCUUUGGAGAAUGCCCUGAUGGUUUUGUCCAUUUAGAUGAAUCUAUGGAAUGUGUGGAAGGUUGCCAAGUGGGCCCCUGGAGUGAGUGGGCAGUUUGCAGCACAAAUAACAAGACCUGCGGAUUUAAGUGGGGUCUGGAAACGAGAACGAGGCAAAUUGUAAAAAAGCCUGCAAAAGAUACGAUACCGUGUCCCACCAUUGCAGAGUCCAGAAGAUGCAAAAUGGCCUUGAGACACUGCCCAGGAGGAAAGAGGACACCGAAGAAAAAGGAGAAGAAGAAGAAGAAGAAAAAGAAUUUAAUGGAACGAGCUCAGAAGCAGCACAGUUUCUUCCUAGCUACAGACCAAGCUAGUCAAUAGAGACAUUUGCCCAGGGCCUGUUGAUACAUGUGGGUUGUUGGUUUUUUUUAGUUUAUAUCUUGUUUUUGUUCGUUUUGCAAAAUACACAGAAGCUGCUAUUAGCUCCUGCAUGAGGAAGCACUGCGAUUCAGCUGCUCUGACAGCCUUUGGACCUGGGGGAAAAAAGGAGAACAUCCACAAGCUUGUUCGUCUAUGUUAUUUAUACUUUUACGAUUAAUGUGGUUCUUAUUGUUCUUAUUAUUGUUCCCCAAACUUAGUCUCUCUCUGGGACUGAAGAAAAGCACUGAGUUCAAUCAGUGGAAGUGUAUCAAAAAAAUGUCAUUUGAGGGUUCCCUCCCUCUCUUUUUGGUUUAAUUUAGUUACCUGCAAGAAGGAAGGAAUUUGAUUUCAUGGCACAGGAUUUUGGAGACAGGAGCAUCAGGACUGCAUGGCACCAUGGGAUAAAUUCCUAUUUCUACAAGGCAAAGAAAUGGGGAAGUUAGAAUUGCGUAUCGUUUCUCAUACUGUACAUUUUCAAAACUGAAGGACACCAAGAGGAUAUCUGUAGGUAACACACUUGGUUCUCAUCACACCUGCUAUACUGGAACAGUUGUAUAGUCAAAACUGCUCUUGACUGAUAUAUGGAAUUAUGGCUUAGUAUUUCAGGACCAUAGUGGUUCCCAUGUGUACAUAUCAUGCUGUCUACAUAUAAAUAAACCUAUUUACAUUAG